AUGCCCCCGGAUGGAAAUAUACCAGCAGUCUACUUGACUGCACUGACAAAAACGAAGUCCAACAUGUCUCCACACCUGAAGAUUGCCGCAGAGCACAUGCUGGUGCUGAUGUUGAUGUGCGUGGAAUGCUGUUUACGUACAGCGAAAGCAGUCUCUGCGACCCGGGCGAAUGCUACCGCAUCACCACGAAACACACAGACUGUGAGUUUGAAGAGGAUCUCAAGUCGAUCGAGACAAGAGAAGUUCCUCGCCCUCGCAAGGCCUUCUUCUGGUGGAUCCCUCCAUGUGAACAGAGGGCCUGCGCAAACGAAGACAGUGAUGCCCAGAACCUUCACCACCAACUAUGCGUCAAAAGUCAUCCAGGCUGGAGUUGGGGCAGCAACUUCGGAGGAUGUGGAGCUGGCAAUGGACGACGAUGGGUCCGAAACUCGCUCCCAAUCAGGCCUAUUCAAACUGUAA